GCAACUUCGACCUCAUCACCAUCUGGUGGUUCUCAACAUCGCAGUCACUGUUCCGCGCAUCACCUCGCACUAUUGACCUCUCCCUUCCUCCAAAUCGCGCCCUCCGCCCCCGCUUCGCUCGUUGCGCGUAUUGAGUAUUCGACGCAACCCACCAUCUUCGUGAAUAUCAUUGAAGCCCCUGGCGGUAAAGGUAGACGGCCGUUGCUCGAGCUUCGUUCCAUCUAUCGGCUGUCGUCCGCGGGGUGGGUUCUCGCUUGGGGCUUGUGCGCGUACCCAGUGUUUGCGACGGUCGUGGUGAACAAUACAGAGUCAAGGCUGCUCCACAAAGCCUGGGCGGGCGGGUUCCCUUGCGCAUCAGCGUUGAUCAGUUCUCUACGCCAAGUGUGUCAAGGGGGAUUUGGUGAGUAGCAGCGUAUUUUUUUGGUUAGCUAAUAUGAAUUUUGAUCUUGAUCACAAGGCGCUUGCCUAUCCUGCUUCGAACCUUUCUGACGACGAACCUGUAACGCCAUGUCUCUGUUCCCUCGUCUUCCGGUGUGACGACGCUAAGCUCGCAACCCUGCUCCUCGUCGCCAGGAUACCCACAGCCCACGGUACCGCAGACUCUGAAUUCGUGUUGCAGUAUGAUGGCGACAGGUUGAUGCCUACCAAUGUCAGGCUGGUGAGUGGCAGAGGACAUCUGAAGCCAACACAGCUCGACAAUCUUGUGCCUCGGAAGGGCAAGGGGAAGCAGCGCCGCGACAUCAAAACCCUCCAGUUGUCCACGGAGCAGCCGUCUCCUGUCUGGUGUCCAGCGAGCACUACAACGUUCAGUCCAAGGCCAGGGCAUGAAGCUGCUCUCCAGCGUCUCAUAGAUCUCGCCAAAGAAACGAAGAUUCACGUUGUUUUCGACUUCAACCAGCUGCACCAGUCCUACAAAGGUUCCUUUAAAGCCUUCGGCAAGGCAGCUCAGGGGCUGGUUAGGUACCCAGUCGAGGCGCCACUCAUUGAACGAGGGCUGAGGAAUGCAAGCUGGGAGGUGUUUGCACCUACCGAACUUGCUGAGGCGCCGCCUGCUUACCAAGGCUUACGUAGGCGGAAGCGCCAAAGGCAGGAAAGUUGCGGCUCACCUCCUCCGCCGCCCAGGAGCUGGACUCCCACAACGCCGAGGGCCGGAUCGUACACAACCGAGAAGACGGUAUCAGUAAGUCCCGAGACCGAGGCUGCCGCACUGCGACACGCGCAACUCGACUUUCACACCAACAUCUACAUCAAUACGAUCGUGGAAGACCGAGUCGCUGCGCGUAUCGAGGAGCUCAACGCCUCGCAGGCCGCAGCCAUCGACGCCGCCGUCGCCAAACGUCUCGAUGCGUAUUUCAGCUCGCCAUCGCAUGCCGAGCGACUCGACGCCGCAGUAGACAGACAAGUCGACGCAACUGUAAAAGCUCGUCUCCCAGACGCCGUACAGGAUGUUUUCGUCUCAGCAGACCCGCCCAGCUCCCCUACAUCCGUCACCUAUGACGCCCGCGGCAACCGCUACCCCAAGCUAACCCCCCUCACGUCAGCAGGCAAAACGUUCCUCCCGCACCUGCGCACCCACCUCCUCGACCAAUUCUCGCUCUUCCAGCAACAGCAACUUGAAGUAUUCAAGAAGCGCAUCAGCGAAAUGUACGACGACGUCGCCUCCUCCGCUGCGGACGACCGCAUCCGCGAGCAGGCCGAGUGGGAGACCGAGCGCGAGGAGCACUCUGUUGAGAUCUCGCUGCUGCGGCGCGACACGCUGGACGAACUGUGGCUCGAGGGGCAGAAGGUGCUUGAGGCUGGCCAGGAGCAGGUUGGGGAGUUGGUUGACCAGCUUGGUGAGGAGUUAGUGGACAGGGUGGGGGCGCUUGUGCAGAGGAUUGAGGGGCUGAAUGGGUAUUGUGUGCGGAGGAUUGUUGCUGCUGAGGUGGCUAGGCAGUGGCGGAGGACGGGUGGUGUGCCGAAGGGUUUUACGAAAAGGUUUGGUAGGUUUCUAUUGACGUACCCAGAUCCGAAGUUGUUGGGAAGGAAGAUGAGAGGGGACAUGGAGUGGGUGGACGUCUCGUUCGAUUCGUCUUUUGGAUACUCUCGUCCUUGAGAUGGUGAAGUCACGACAGCUCUUGCAUAGCUGGUUUAUGUAUGUAACCAUGUAGCUCAUC